CAUUGCGGAGUAUAUACCCAAAGGCUACAGGACUAUGGACUGUUAAAUUACAAGUCAACCAUGGGGCAAUCACAGCAAACAGAGAACAGUGAGGAGAUUGAUGUUAAAGCCCUUCAAGAUAUGUAUAAAAAGUUUGUCAUAGAGUGCCCAAGUGGACUACUUUUUCUGCACGAGUUCAAGCGUUUCUUUGGUGUGGACCCAACAGGGGAGGCGUCUGAUUAUGCGGAGAACAUGUUUCGAGCUUUUGACAGAAAUGGGGACAACACAAUUGAUUUCCUUGAGUUUGUGGCGGCACUGAAUCUUGUUUUCCGGGGAGACCUGGAGCAUAAACUGCGCUGGUCAUUCAAGGUGUAUGACAAAGACAACAAUGGCUAUGUGGACAGGGACGAACUACGAUCAAUAAUUGAUAGCAUUUAUCGGAUAAAAAAAGUCUCAAAGACAGACAUGAGUGAAUCACAGCUUACAGUAGAUGAGGUUGUGGAUCGAAUAUUAGAGGCAGUUGACAGUGAUGGAGAUGGUCACAUUAACAUGGAAGAGUUCAUUAGAGGUGCACAGCAGGACCCCUGGGUGCUCAACAUGUUGAAGUUGGACAUGAACCCUGCAGGAUGGGUGCUGGACCAGAGGAGAAAGAGUGCACACUUCUGAAUUGUCAAAGCACACGUGCCUUUCCUAUGUGGACACAGGGAGAACCAUGGAUAAAACCAGCUAACUAAAUUUACAACUAAAAUCUGAAUUCAUUUUGGAUACUGUGUUAGCAAUUUCAUAUUCACAGACCGUGAAAGAAGCUGUUCAGAACAGGCCAUCAUUUGGCUUUUAGUAAAGCAACAAUAGCACUUAAAAUCUCAAUAUGAACAGUAUCGCACAGAAAAAUGUAUAAUUUCUACGUCCCUUUUAUACAUUAUUCUCUCUUUCCACUAUUGAAACUAUUAUAAAAAUAAUUCUUGAGCUUAAUUCUAUUGUCUUUGAAUACUAUUAAAGCAACCAUUUCCAGUGCAUAUUGCUUGCUUACUAAAGCCACAGCCUUCUUGUUAUAAAGUGAUAGUGGCAUUAUGUAAAUAGUGAAUGAUUAUAAUGUGUGCUUUUCUAUUGUGGUUUGUUUUUUCUGUUCACAAUUGUAUUUUUUAAUCUUGUUUUAAAUAAAUAAUACCAUAAAUAAGACACAAAUACAUCCUUACUGUGUAUAUUCAAUUAAAGUAAUGUUGUUUUUACCGGAUUACCUUACUUUGUUGUUAAAGACAGGUUUAAACACCAACAACUCAAGUUUAAUUUAAAAAAAGCCUUCAUGUCCUGCUUCUGCCUGAAAUGCUUGACUUUUUAUUAGAAGUGUUUCUGUAGUAAGCCUCACUGUCUCCAUUUAAAGGCAAACAGCGGUCUUGCCUUCAGUCACACCUUGAGGCAGAAGAUAGAUAAGAAAAGAAGAAAGAUAAAACACACUUAAUACAUACACAUAUAAUACAAUCUGGAAUUUGCAGUGUAAUUUUGUUGUAUGAA